AUGCAGGUUUGCAUUUCUGUUUUGGCAGCAUAUAACCAUGUGUUCCGUAUGGUACUAAAACUGGCACAGAUUCAAAUCUGUGAAAGAAUUUUAAAUAAGAAAACAUCUGAUUUCUCAUCUGAAUGGUGUAACUUUGCCAAACGAUACCUUGGCUGUGGAAUCACUGAAUCUUUUUACGAAGUAUGUCCAAAAACUGCAGAGGCUUUGCAAAACUACUUUGAGAUACUGAUUAAUCCGAAUAAUAGCAACUGUUAUUUGCGGCAACCAACGGCUAACCAUAAUGAAAUUGUUUUUGGUCGGUUAAUUCGGCAACUAACAGCUGAUCUGAAUGAAACCGUUCCUGAUUGGUCAGAUCGACAACCAACAGCUGAUCUGAAUGAAACCGUUCCUGAUUGGUCAGAUCGACAACCAACAGCUGAUCUGAAUGAAACCGUUCCUGAUUGGUCAGAUCGACAACCAACAGCUGAUCUGAAUGAAACCGUUCCUGAUUGGUCAGAUCGACAACCAACAGCUGAUCUGAAUGAAACCGUUCCUGAUUGGUCAGAUCGACAACCAACAGCUGAUCUGAAUGAAACCGUUCCUGAUUGGUCAGAUCGACAACCAACAGCUGAUCUGAAUGAAACCGUUCCUGAUUGGUCAGAUCGACAACCAACAGCUGAUCUGAAUGAAACCGUUCCUGAUUGGUCAGAUCGACAACCAACAGCUGAUCUGAAUGAAACCGUUCCUGAUUGGUCAGAUCGACAACCAACAGCUGAUCUGAAUGAAACCGUUCCUGAUUGGUCAGAUCGACAACCAACAGCUGAUCUGAAUGAAACCGUUCCUGAUUGGUCAGAUCGACAACCAACAGCUGAUCUGAAUGAAACCGUUCCUGAUUGGUCAGAUCGACAACCAACAGCUGAUCUGAAUGAAACCGUUCCUGAUUGGUCAGAUCGACAACCAACAGCUGAUCUGAAUGAAACCGUUCCUGAUUGGUCAGAUCGACAACCAACAACUGAUAUGAAUGAAACCGUUCCUGAUUGGUCAGAUCGACAACCAACAGCUGAUCUGAAUGAAACCGUUCCUGAUUGGUCAGAUCGACAACCAACAGCUGAUAUGAAUGAAACCGUUCCUGAUUGGUCAGAUCGACAACCAACAGCUGAUCUGAAUGAAACCGUUCCUGAUUGGUCAGAUCGACAACCAACAGCUGAUCUCAAUGAAAACAUUGCUAAUGCUAGCAGUAAUUCUGAUCUCCAGACAUGUAAUAAUUGCAAAGUAAUCAAAUGUCCAGAGGGUUUCUAUUAUAACAAACAUUUGGCAAAAUGUGUUGAUGUAGAUGAAUGCGCAUCCAAUAAACAUUUUUGUUCGCAGAAGUGUAUCAAUAAGCAAGGUAGCUAUGAUUGUGAGUGUUUUGGCCCUUUGUAUAGACUGGCUCGAAAUAAUCGUCGGUGCUAUCGAACUGAUAAUGAAUCCGUCGUGUUUUUCUUGGCUCAUUCUCAUAGUGUAUGGAAUAUAACAUAUAAUGCAAAAUCUCAGCUUAAGUUGGUACCUAGCAAUAGAGCUGAAAAAGUGGCCAUGUUCGACUACGACUUGAAGGAAAAGAAAUUAUACUAUGUGGAUCUAACGAGAAAUUCAAUUCAGUAUGUAAAUUUGCUUGAUAGAAACAGAGUACAUAUCAUACAAAACCAUGAUAUUGAAGGUACAGAAGGAAUCGCUAUUGAUUGGAUACAUAGGAAUUUGUAUACUCUACGUUACAAGCAAUUACAUGUGCAACGUCUUGAUGGUCUUUAUAGAGCAUUACUUUAUGAUGGAUUUUUUCAAUUGCCUCGAGCUUUGGUCGCUUAUCCUUCGAUACGUGAACUGUUUGCAAGCGACUGGGGAGUGAAACCAUUUAUAGUCCGUCUUGCUAUGGACGGUACUCAAGCAAAAAAGAUCGUCACUGAAAGUUUAGUUUGGCCAAAUGCACUAGCUAUCGAUUAUUUCGCAGAACGUCUUUACUGGGCCGAUGCUUUCCGCGACGUUAUUGAAAUGGCAAAUUUGGAUGGAACGGGUCGACGAACUGUAAUCAGUGACGAUAAGUUGGUGCCGCAUGUUUUCGGAUUAACGAUAUUUGACGAUACGAUCUUUUGGAGCGACUGGACUCGUCGUGGAAUUCUUUUUGCUAAUAAACUUACCGGUCAAAACUCAACAAGGCUGAUGGAGACUGUAUUGCCACCGUAUUCCCUCAAGGCAUAUCAUCCUUUUAUGCAAAUGGAAGCUCCUAAUAUUUGUGAAGUGACAACAUGCCAACAUAUCUGUGUACCGAAGCUUGACGGUUCAGGACAGCAAUGUCUAUGCGCCGAAGGAUUUAUCAUGCAUGAAAGCGGUCUUUGUGAACCAAACUGUACGAAACAUCAGUUACUGUGCUCACGGCCGGAUCACAAAUGUCUCAAUUUAAUAUAUCGGUGUGAUGAAUCGUACAAUUGUAGAAAUGGAGAUGAUGAAAUGGAAUGUCCUGUAUCGAUUUGCAUGCAUGAUGAGCGCAUGUUCCCUUGUCGUGAUAAUCGUAAAUGUAUUUUGCGAUCGCAACGAUGCGAUGGUUUCGUAGAUUGCUAUGAUGAAUCGGAUGAAUUUUAUUGUGCUGAUUUAGCUAUAGCUUGGAGCCAUUAA